AUGGUUGCCGAGCAUAUUACACUGCGCAACAACACCUCCACUCCAAUCGUCCUGAAGCGCAUUGAGCGCUUCCGGGCACCGGAGAAGGGAGGCUUCAAUGCCUUCAGUACCAUGGCCAGGAACCUAACCCAGGUCCUGACCAACCAGACUCGCAAUGACUCUGUCGCAGCAAUUGAGCAUGACAGCCAUCCCUUUGAGGAAAAAGAUAUGGACAUUCGCGUCGAGCCCUUCACGACGAAGAAGACCGACUUGCGAACCUUCAUCGACUCCGACAAAGAGCGUGCGCGUCUCGUAUUCGAGGCCGAGGGUCAAAGAUACCAGAUCCAAGCUCCAGUCCCAUCUACCGAGGCCGAGACCAUGAAGCCAUUGAGCGAGAAUCCCAAAUUCCGCUUCACAGGCAUCUAUGUAGCCCAAGAAGCAUUCCUGGCGAUCUUCUCUUCUGCAAACCUCAAUGCCUGGAUGCACGAAUUACGCGAUGACAUUCUCCUCUCGGCCCUUUCCAUCCCAGGCACUCACAACUCUCCAACCUGCCACAUUGCACCCCCCUCAGUGCGCUGCCAAGCCGUCAGCCCUAAAGAGCAGCUUCAGAACGGUGUGCGAUUCUUCGACAUCCGCGUCCAGCCUCAAUACCCCGAGCACGAGGACCGGCACGAAUUGAUCCUCGUCCACAGCGUCUUCCCCAUCUCGCUAACAGGGAACAAGUACUUCCACGAUCUCAUGAACGAAGUCGAUGAUUUCCUCAAGGAGAACCCCUCCGAAACCCUAAUCAUCUCCGUCAAGCGCGAGGGCGCCGGCCCAGCUACUGAUGAGCAACUCUCGCGGAUCCUGGCUGACCACUACGCCAAAGCAGGGAGUCGGUGGUGGGUGCGGCCCAAGAUCCCGACGGUGGGUGAAGCUCGUGGCAAGAUUGUUCUUCUGCGCCGAUUCAAUCUGCAGGAGAAGCUGAAGGGCGAGCAUGGUGGGAAUGGUUGGGGUAUUGAUGCUGCCGCUUGGGCUGAUAAUACUGCUCAUUCGGUGUGUCCCAGUGGCCAGCUUUGCAUUCAGGAUUUCUACGAGGUGCUGGAAAGCAUGAAUAUCGAGAAGAAGGUCCAGUAUGUCUCUGAGCAGAUUGAUCGGGCCAGCUGCUGCCGGUAUCCGUUUGGCGUGCAGCCUGACGCCCAUGCCACGAAGGCGUUCCCCUUCUACAUCAAUUUCUUGAGUGCGAGUAAUUUCUGGAAGACAAAUACUUGGCCUGAGAAGGUGGCUGGUAAGGUGAAUCCGGCUGUUGUGGCAUACAUCUGCCGUCGGGGCAAGGAGAAAGAUGCUGAUUGCUCGACCGGUAUCCUCGUUACGGACUGGGUUGGUCUGAAUGGCGAUUGGGAUCUGGUGCGCUGCAUUGUAGGUAUGAAUGCUAAGCUGCGUUUCAGGAAGGAGUAG